UCCGAAAGAACGAUGCGCAAUUUCUUAACAUAGCGGUCUUCUUAACAAUUACGACCAAAUAUAGAUAGUAGUGUACACAUUUUCUUUUGGAAACUGCCGAAUUAAUGACACAGAAAAACGGUAAUAACCUGUUAAGUAUCUCUGUAUCAGUAAAACGCACUCACGUAAUAAGAUUCAGACUGGGCAGCGCGUUCCUUUUUAAAUGCCCAGAUUUUGUUAAAUCGUUUUCUGUGAAAUGCUGCGAACAUAUCACGGAGCAUUUGGCGACUUCCCCAGUGCGGCUGCACAGGCUUUUGUACACUUCCCUUGCCUCGGGAUCAUCGGGAACAGAGUAAAAGCGGAUUUCUCCUGGUUCCCUACUCAGAUCACGCUGGUAGUUCAUGCAGGAUUUGACAAAACAACGUCGACCACGGUGGAAUCGCGGCAUUUUUGUGGAUGACUCUUCCGUUUCGUCGGAUAUACCGCUGAUAAUAAACGCAGCCACAUCAGAGCUGGACAUUGAGCACUCGCUCUGAAAACUUUUUUCAUUCGGAAUCAACCUCCCCGAAUUCACGGAGAACUCUGCGAAAGUUGUGAACUCUGCACCGCGUGCAUACCAGCCGAUGGCAAACGACGCUGCUGCCAUCUGUGACAGGGGAAUGGGCAAAAUAACGUGACUGCUGCGAGAGAGCGUUCGACUUAACAUUUGAUGCCCUAACCGUCGAGCGCCCGCUGUGUGAGUUAAGCCUCCACUGUGUAAUGUUGAAGCAGGGCCACAGACUGCCACAGACUGCCACUUAAUAAAAAGUCGCUGGUUGAAGUGAAUGUUCGCUAAUACGAUAGCAGAGGACCCACCAGCUUCAUGCAGUGGCUACCAGCGAUUGAAAUUAUGGAAUUAUUUCGAGAAGGGAACAAGAAAACACUGCACUAGUAAUCAUCCGGAAGCCUUCUGCUGUGCUUGCAAAGCAGUGGGGAUCGUGGAGGCGCUGCGUGGUGAACGUUUAGCGAUGAUGCGCCAUGUAAAAAAAUGCCCGUACAUGUCUGCCAGCGUUAAAACUGAUCUGCAGUGUGAUGCAUGUGACACGUCGGCACAGAAGAAACCAAAGAUGGAAGCCAAGAAAUUGUCUUCCAGUAUGCGUCUUCCCAUGCCUACCUCCGUUAAAUGCGAUGAAUAUGCCGCUCUGCCCGUCAACGACGAUGAGAUGCAAGGCUCUGGUGAAUAUUCUGAUGACGGUCCGAUGGAUCCGGAGUACAAAAGCAAUACCGUAUUAUGGACGCACUUUCGAAAAGGUCCCGGAAAGUAUCGCGGCCAACAUCACUCCGUCGCUUAUUGUGUGGCAUGCCAUGAACACACUGGAGAAUGGGAACCCUUGCGUCGCGAACGGGAUCGAUUAAUGAUUCAUGUGAGGAGAUGUCCGUACUUGACGCACGAAGCUAGGCUGGACCUGACUAAUGAAGACCAGAUGAGGAGAUCGUCCAAGAAGCGCACUUAUUCCACGAUUAAGCUAAAGGCUCCGGUAAAAGUUGCAGAGAAUAACGACGUGCUGCCGCCAGAUACGGGACCCGUUUCCGUUGAGUCCACUUCCAGUGCUUCCACAGUCGCUACUACUCUUCCCAGCGCAGUGCCGAAAGUGAAAGCGUUGGACUUAGAUGUGAUUAAAGCAUGUAUUUCGGCAGGCAUUCCCUUUUCUGCCUUGUCUGAUAACCAUGUUGUCCAUCUCUUCAAAACACUGAAUUCGACGGCACUGCUUCCGAGCGUCAGUGAUCUGAUGGGGGAGGUUUUGGCUAGCGUUGUACUGGAAACAAAGAAGGAUACGGUCAACUUACUGGUCGACCAGGAAUGUGUGACAUUGCAUGUUCGUAUGUGGAAUGAUUCGCGGAGUCGCUUUGUGACCGGGUUCGUGGCUUCUGUGCGGGUCGGCAGCAUUGCAGAUAGCUUUCUCCUGAGUGUUUCCGAACCAGUAAGCCAGGACGCAGCUGCACAGGGACUGACUCAGGAAAUUAUGCACGCUGUAGAGUUACUGCAGCAAGAACACGGUGCCACUGUGGCGUCCAUUGUUUUAUCCUCCCUCUGCAUUAAUAUCCACCGUGCUGUGCACGAGCAGAUUUCCAGUUUUAUCGUUUUGCCAUUAUAUUCUCAGCAUUUUGAUAAACUAACGCGAGAUGCGUUGCAACUGCUGCAAUUCCAGCGAUGGCUGGAUAAGGUAGUCUUGCUGCAAGAAUGUCUUCACCGGAGUAAAUCGACUGCGGAACUGUUUAGGAAGAUACAAUUAAUAUUCGAUCCCAGCGCUGAAGAAGUGCCCACUCCUGUUGGACAACGCUGGAAUUCAUAUGUGCAAUGCUUCUCCAGUAUUGUGGAAAACAAAGAUGCUUUGCAGGAUUUUUCAAGGAGUGAAGAUAGCGAAUUACCAAUAGAGUUGCAACUAUUGAUGGAAGACGAAACAUUUUGGAGCAGUUUGGAGAAUCUCCAGCACGUUUUGCUGCCACUUACCAAUGCCCAGCGGAGUAUUCAGCGUGAUAACCUUUUCAUUUGCGAUCUUCUCAUCCAGCUGCAAAUUCUGCAUAAAGCCUUUGCUAAUGUUUCCGAUAUGCUGGUGAGGACAGCUCUCUUAAACAAUCUGGAAACGUUCUGGAAAAAUCACUGCGACCAGAAGUUGCUAAUUAUUGCCUGCGCUCUUAACAUUGAAACGCGUUUGUCCAUUUUCACGGCCAACACGAUCAAAUGGACGAAAAUCGGGAGCUGGGCAUUGAAGUUGUACGAACAGGUAUUUCAUUGCCAACCGGAUGCGUUGCUUCCUUCCAUCGGAGCUUACCGGGAUGAAGAAGAGCCGUUCAAUCAAUCCACUAUUCGACAAUGGAAAGCUCAAGGUCAGAUCUACUACUGGAAGUAUGUUAAGGAAAUCCAUCCCGAGCUGGCCAAAUUAGCCAUCUUUCUGCUGCGAAUCACUCCAUCGGCAGUGGCUGUAGAGACGGUGUGGAAAGACGCGGAGAGGACAUGCCCAGACCUGACCAGUAGAGAAAAGCUUAUACAAAUAGCUAGAACGAAAGUGAAACUGAUGAAGGAUGAGAGAAAGGCGAAGAAGCAGGGAAGCACGGAGAAUGUUGAUUUAAAAGAGGCCGAUGUGGUUGGAUGUCAGGACGCUGUAGCUAAUUAUAUGGAGAACAUCAAGAGCGAUGUCCCCGAGGAAGGAUGGUUUGGGGAGAGCAGCAGAGUGGCCUCUUUAAAAGAACUAUUCGCAUGAUCUGUACAGAAUUAAUGAUUUUUUUAUCGUUUUGACUCGUUGGAUUUCUUAGUCGUGACUUUACUAUAAAAUCCAGUAUCCAGUAUUUAUAUUUUUGUUUUAUUUUGGAUUAUUAAAUCAUUUGCAGAGUGAAUACCACGGUGGCACUGUCAGUAAUCUGCAUGCAUUUUCGAUGCACACGUCGAUGAAAAGCCAUUUCUUUAAAAUUCGUCAACGCAGCUCACAAGCGCCUUGAA